AUGGGAGACCGUCUUUCCGAUCUGAAGCUCUUCGAGCAAGCUUUCACCGACAUCGUGAUGUGUGGAACACCCACCGAAAGUGGCUGUCUUUGCUACACGCGAACAGGUCGUCUUAUCCACAUUCUCUGUGACGAGGAAACGCCUUCGCUCAUCGAAUUUCCCUCCCUUUCUCUCGCUAGCGGCAACUCCGUGACUUCGCUCUGCUGCAUUGAGAGUCGCUUCACGGACAGUGGUGAUAUGCUCGUUCUCGCCGCCUGCUGGGACCAGUCCGUGUUCGUCAUCUCCCCAUCCGACAUCAUCGACCUCGAAGUGAACACCUGUAUCUACGGCCGAAUCGUCCGCAUGGCGCCAUCGCCGAGUCAGCAUUACAUCGCUUGUUUUACGAGCGAGGGUUGGAUUAUCGUGCUCAGCACUUCCUUCGAUAAGAAGAUUCUCGAGUUCAAUACCCAUACCGAAGAUCGACCCGCCAAUUUUUGCUGGUGCGGCGAAGACAGCAUUGCCGCCUCCUGGAAGAACCGCGGGAUUCUCCUGCUUUCUCCCUUCUGCGAUUUUCUCCGCCUCGACUACGACGUUUCGCUCGAGCCGCUCUUCCUCGUCCAAGAAAUCGAUGCGCUCCGCGUUUAUUCGCGGUUCCACCACGAUCUCAUCCGCGCCGUUUCCACGGUUCCACCGUCGAUCUACAAUGUGUACAUGCCGGGCUCGCAGACGCCGGGCGCGGUGCUGCGCUCGGCCUUUGCGCGCUACACGCAGCGAGCAGGCGAACGAGACAUGUGCGAAGGCAUCGGAGAUCUGCAUAGCGAAUCAUUGAGCGAAGCUGUGCAAGAGUGUGUGGACGCUGCAAGGGAAGAGCUCAGCAGUUUAUUGCAGGAGGAGCUGCUCCGCUCCGCGAGCUACGGAAAACGCUACUGGGACGCCCACGAAAAAUCGGGACUUUUUUUGGAUUUCCAGAAAACGGCUGGAUUUCUCCGCGUGCUGAACGCGCUGCGAACCGCGGACGUGGGUCUGUAUCUUACCGCGGGGGAGUUCGAGGUGCUUCAGGAUCGAUGCGUCAUUUCGCGGUUAUGUGCGCGUCGUCGCUACUAUUUAUCGGUGCAGCUCUGCGCGUUUUCCAAAAUUCCCCACGAUUUCGUGCUCAUCGAGUGGGCCUGCGAAAAAGUCCGACGCUCCGCCGCGUUACCCGACGGAGAAUUGUUCGAGCUGGUCAAACAGCGGCUCGCGGCGGGCGUUUCGUCGGGAUUCGGUCAAAUCGCGUGGGCGGCGCACCAAUCAGAUCGCAGGGAUUUGGCGUGUCGAUUUUUGGCGAUGGAACGGCGCGUGCAGGACCGUGUGCCGCUGUAUUUGAUGAUGGAGCAGGAGGCGACCGCGCUGAAGGAAGCAAGCGAUGCGCAUGAUGCCGAUCUGAUGCUCUUCGCUGCGCUGCAGAUUUGGAUUCGGUGCGGGUGGAAAAACGGCGCGAUUCCGAACGAUCGCUUCGCAUCGCUGAUUACCGGAUUUCCAGAAAUCGGGGAUAUUUUGGAGGAGUAUCUGGAAAUCCGCGGGGACGACGUGGAGAGUCUGCUCCGCGCGGAGGGCCGGUCAGCCUGGCGGGAUUGUGUCACGGAACAGAAUCGAAGUUCUCUGCGAACAUCUCGUGUGUCGGGCGUUUCGCGGUGGAAGCGACGUGGAUCGGCGAUUGGCGUAUCUGAAGCAGAUCCAAUCGGAGCUCACCGCGGUUCUGUCAGUGCGUAA